AUGACAGACAUGAAAGACGAUAUGACAGAUAUGAAAGAUAAUAUGACAGACAUGAAGUCAGGAAUGAAACAAACAGCUCAAGAAAUAAAAGAAACCCAGAGACAGAUGUCUGAUAAGAUGAACGAAACGACAGAAGAGCUGAGCAAGAAGAUAGAAGAACAGGGAACAGCUUUCAGAGAUGAAGUCCAGAGUACGACUAGCAGGUUGAAGGAUGAAAUGGCAGCAAAAAUGGAUGAGCAAGCAGAAGGAAUGACUGAAAAAAUAAAGACAGACAUCCAAGAGGCAAUAAUAGCAAAUAUUGUAGCACCUCCAGAACCAGAACAGGAAACAAUUUUAACCUACACUGCCUUUGAAGUGGAUCAGAACCCACACGACCAAGAAUCCUCUCACUGUAUACUAUCAAGUUCUAGUUCUAAUUGUGGUAAUGAUACAUACCCUACACAAGAAACCCACGACAACAAUGAUGAUGAAGGAGAAUUCGUUUACAAUAAAAAGAAAUAGGAACUCAAUUAUACAUGUAAUUUUAGAUACACACAUACAACAAUUAGUAGUAUAUUAGGAGUAAUUUUAGGAGCAUAUUUUAGGAGUAUAUUUUUAGAGUACA